AUGCGUCUGAAUAUUUCCAUCUCCGCGAUUACCCUUCUGGCCACUGCCGUAUCCGGCCACACCGUCAAAUGCUGGAGUAGCGACUGGAGCCCCAGCCUUGGGUCUUUAUCGGUGGCAAUCAGCAAGCUCAAGAGCGGAGCAGAUGCUGUAGGGACUGAUGGCAACUCGUGCGUGACCAUGUACUGUGGGCUAAACAACAGGGUCCGCUACUGCGACGAAGGUGGUGAGGCACGCACUAUGCCUAUGCAGAAUAUUAUUGACAGUGUCCACGUGAUUUCCAACGAGUGCCAGGUUGACUGGCAGGGCUCGACCCUUGCUGGUGGCCUUGUCGACCACUCUGACUAUUGGUCCGUGGAUGUCGAGUGGGAUCCCAAGUGCGAAGGGCUUGGAGCUUGA